GACGCUUGUUUGCUCUUGGCUGAAUUUGAUCGAGGAAUGUUUGUCAACAAAUCUUGUAUCUAGGUCUUGGGUGUUUUCAAAUAAAAUAUAUAUAAAUAGUGAUGUAAAUUGUUUAAAACUUUCCAUUUUUCAAUUACUUUUCUGUAAUUGUGUAAUUAUUAGUGAAAAUAUUUUUUUAAUAAUGUUCCAAAUGUGCUAAAAAUUAUACAAUUUUAGUAGGAAAGUUUUGUUUGUUUCUUCUAUCUUUUGACUUUUGGCGGCUACAUUUUGCUUUGGUCUGCUGUUGUGUCCAAGGGAUCCUUUCCCAUGCAUGUUGGCGUCCCCUCUGUGUUGUCUUCCGUUAUUUCUUUGAAGUAAUUAAAGCUGCGAUGAUGAACCACACGAGUGCUUCUGACCGAGAUAGCUCCAUGCGGCCAGACAACACUUACGAUCCGAAUGAUCAGAACGUGAAUAGAUUGGAAAGCUUUACAAUGAGUCAGGAAACUACGGAAUACACAGAGUACAAUCCAAAUAUCCUGUUGGAGAACUAUAACGAUAAUGACGCCUACAAUGAUGACGAGGUGUUCGAAGAGUUCCAGGAGACAACUGUGGUGACCGUCCGGGAGCCUCGGAUCCGAAGGAUCUCCGAUGUUAUUGACUCUAUCGGCUGUAGUCCUUCUUCCCCUAUUAGUAAGAAUGGCACGUUUGACUUCACUGAGAAGACAGUCACAGAAACGGAAGAAAGUAGUAUCAGUAUAGUUCGUCGGGAAGAGUUCAAAUAUAUCAACCUCCAGAACCCACCACCAGGACGAGCGUUGCACAGUGUUACUGACAGCAUUCUGUCUCCUCCUACCACUCCCUGCUCAGACGGUGGUUACUGCAGUGGUGCAGGUCUCCAGAGUCCUACCUCCACGCUUGUCUGCAAGCCUAAGUGGUUCCGCUUUAGUUCCUCCAGCUUUGAACUGCCCGCAUCUCCUCCGAAGCUAGACAUGAUGGAUGCCCAGGUCAUGUGUCAGCCCAAAGACGAACAGCCUGUUCCCAUGGAGGCAACCACACCCAGUGUCAGCGAGGGAGGGGGAGGAGUGACUCCUUUGGUCUAUCCCAAGGCCCCAAUGCCAGUGGAAGAAAAACACAGCAUGGAGUACAACACAAGUCAUCCCAAGAUAGGCCACGCAGUGAUUCUCAACCACGAAGAAUUCGCAAUUGAAAAUACUCCAACACGCCAUGGGAGCAAGCUGGAUGCAAACAGGCUCGGCAAAACACUCGCAAGCCUCGGCUUCAGCGUGGAUAUACACCACGACCUUGACUCUGAGAAGAUCAGGUCCAAAAUCAAGGAUUUGGCAGAACUGGAUCACUCGGACUGUGACUGUGUGUUAGUGGCAGUACUGAGCCACGGGAUGGGCACAAGCUACAUCUUGGCUCGUGAUUACCCCUACCCUGUCGACAUGCUGUGGUCCCCAUUCACCCCUGACCGCUGCCCCACCUUGGCGGGCAAGCCAAAGAUUUUUCUUAUCCAGGCUUGCCGGGGAGAAAAAUUGGAUGGAGGUGUCCAGCUGGUGAGGAGAAGUCAGGUGGAUAGUGAUUCAGGACAGACCUACAAGAUACCUGCCAUGGCUGACUUCCUUAUUGCCUACAGCACUGCUGAAGGUUUCUAUUCUUGGCGUAAUCCCCAAAAGGGCACCUGGUUCAUACAAAGUCUAUGUGAUGUGCUGGAGCAGGAAGCGAACUCUCAUGAUCUGUAUACUCUACUGUUGAUGGUGGCACAGAAAGUUGCUCUGGAUUACGAGAGCUUUAGUGAUCUAUAUCCCUGGCAGCAUCAGCAGAAGCAGGUGCCCCAGACCGUUUCCACCCUCAUCCGAAAGUUCUUCUUCAAAAAGAAACCUUGAUGUUCAAGCACCUUAGACCAGACUUCCGAGGCAUCGUCUUCUUUCAGUAAUGAAACUUCUGAAUCUCUAGCGGAGAUUGAUCACCUCUGCCUCCACUGGAACCUUAAGCUCGAAUAUGUGUAAUAAGGUUUAUCAAGCAUUGAACACACCUGCCAUUUUGAUUCUUCUAAUAUUCAAGCAAUAAAGUAGAGAGUGUUAUUUAAGUUUUCAUUAAUAAGUUAUAGUUCAUAUAUUUUUUUUGUGAAUCAAUGGUCUAGAUUUUCUUAAACAGGUGUGUUGUUUUACUUUGUAAGUAUUGUUGCAUGGUUUUGUUAAGUUGUGGUGUAGAGUUUUCUAUGAAAUUCUGUAUAUGAGCAUUCUCCGUUUCUCAUGUCAAGCACUUUUUUAUGACUUAUCAACAAAAGUCAACAAGUUUUCUUUAUUUUCAAAAGGUGCUGUUUAAUCUGCCAUUAAUUGGUAUUCGUGGUUAGAUGUUUUUUUAAUGCCAGAAAUAAAGCUAAUGUGAUAAUUUAUGCAUUUUGAAUGGCAAUAAUCAUAUAAAUAAUGAAAAUAAUGUUAUAAAGUGUUACUCUGGUUAUUUAUACACAACUAAAUGUUUUUAUUACACAUUAAAACUCAAAACAACCAUUCUUACAUUCGCUUUUUGUGUCUGAAAUAUAGACACUUCAUUUUUUUAAUCAGGUGUGUUCAUUGGUUGCAUUUUAUUUUAUUUUUCUGUUGGUCUCAUAAAGCUAGUGUUAGCAUAAAAUCUCACAAAUAUUCUUACCUUUUAGUUUUGGAAUAUUGAAAUAAAUGUUGAUGAAACUAUUUAUACACAUUUACUACUGCCUACAACAAAGGUCUUUCAUGAAAUGUGCAUUGUUAGCGUUAGUGUAAUUGUAAAUUUUUGUGCUCAUAGUAAAGUGCUAAUAUUGAACAAGAAUUUUCAAAAUAUUUUUAUUCUUAUAAUAAUUUUCAGUAUUUUUAGUAUAUUUUAAAAUCUAUGUGGUUGUUAAUAUUGGUGUUGUAGUGAAAUUUGUCUGAUAUGUUGUCAUAAUAAACAAUCUCCAGAGGUAGAAAAUGGGUCAUUAAGAAAAUGCCGAAAAGCCUAAAUAUUUAAAUUAAAUGGAAUAUGGGAGUAAAUGAACUUAAUGGGGGUUUAACAGUUUUAAAUCUUACUUCCUCCUUAGAAGAAAGGGUUUGUAGCAUGUCACUCGUUACAUAAAUUGAUGUUUUCAUUUGCGUAGUUAUUCAACUCAUUAUAUAUAUAUAUAUAUAUAUAUAUAUAUAUAUAUAUAUAUAUAUAUAUAUAUAUAUAUAUAUAUAUAUAGCUAGGCUUCAUAGAAGUUUCAGAUUUUGACUGUUUCAAAUUAGACAACUUUCCAAAUCCUACAACAGUUCAAAAUACCACAUAUAAUAAACAUGGUUAUUUAAGCUGUAUACAGCCAAUUUCUUCUAAGCAGAGUUAUUAAGGUUUAAACAUUCUAGACUACAUAAUGGAACAAAGCUAGGUUGUUCCAUCUGUUGUAAUUAGUGUGUACAUAGGAUUGUUUUGACAAACAUUGAUCUCUUUUUUGCUAGUGCAACUUCUGUGAUUUAAAUAAUUGAAAUGAUUUUGUUGUAAACCACUUGUUGAUAGAAAGAUUUAUAGGUUACAUUUUGUUCAUUUUCUUUUUAAUCAAAAGAGCCUUAGUUUAUCUCCAUCUACUUGGAAAAAUAAACAGGGUUUAUAUUGUUAAACUAAGUAUCGAAUCACAGAAGUAAAUAAUAUUACAAUGUUAAUGCUUUGAGAAACUCAAGAUUAUUUUGAAUAGACAUGAAAAACCUAUAUAGGAAAGGUAUGGGUAUAUAGUAAUAUCUUUGCAAUGAGAUUAUUUUAAAUAACAUUUGUAUUGAGAAUAAAAUUUUGCAAUCUGUGUGCAAUAAAAUUGUAGAUAGAAAAAACAAAACAAAUCUUAAGUGAAUUCCAUUUGUUGGAACCUUUUCGUAUGACUUAAAAAAUUCUCUACCAUCAGUCUACUGCUAAAACUAAUGUGUAACUAUGAAAAAUAUAAAUUGCUGAUCAAUUUUUGAACAAAUAAUGAUAUAUGAUAAACUAAUGCUCUACCAACAAUGUGAACAAAACCAUUUCUUGUAUUUGUGUUGUUUAUUUACUUAAAUUUGUUUUAAUUGUUGUCCAUAGAUAAGGUUAUAUUGUUUUUUAUAUGAUAAAUUUAUAAUGAAGUAGUGUAAUGAUAGUUUGGUGUAGCUUUAGCCAUGAUCCACAAGAAGAAUAAAUUAUGGUAAUGAAAUUUGAAUUAUAAUAUUUUGAAUCCUCUAUGGGUUGAGAUUAAUUUGUACGCAUAAGAUGAAGGCUAGAUUAAUGUAAUGGCAAAUAUUUUAAAAGCAACAGUUAUUUAACGGUUUGGUUAACAAAUGUUUAAUCAUUAAAAUUAUGUAAAUUUAAAAAUAAUAAAUAAUAGAAUAAUUAGUAAUGUUUAUCUAUGAAUAUUUGAGGUAUACAGUAAUUACAUGGCUAAAGCUAGCAAGCUGUAGUAGUUUAUUAUGUGUCAUAAGUUGUAAUCUUAUGAUAUUUUUACCGUUAUUGGUCUCAUACUUUAAGUAAAUGUAAAUGUAUUAUCCAAAUACAGAGUUGAUUAUAUUAUGCUGAUAGUAAAGCUUUUUGUAGAAAACUGCCUUAGUAUAGGCAGGAAAAUAGCGUAAGUAAUAUAGUAUAUACUUGGCUGAUAGCUUAGAGAGGGCGACAGAUCGAACUUUAUAGCUUAUGUAGCGUUGGUCAUGUGAAGAGAGUCGUGUAUGUAAAACGUUAAGAACCAUUCACACUUGUUUUAAUUUGAAAAAAAAAUACUUUGAAGUUUGUUCUCAAAAUAAAUCUUGUAUCAAAUUCAAUGAGAGUAGGCAUUUAUUUUGUGUUGUAUCGUGUUAUUACUGUUAAACUAUAAUUGUUGUUAUGAAUCUGUUAUUACAUUCGAUUGUAAAUUCCAAGUCACUCUAAUAUUUGUCAAUAAAAUUAUGCAUCUAAUUGCACAAAAUAUAUAAAUUUGUACAAACUAUUGAUAUUAAAGAAAUCAACUGUCCCAUUCAACAAUCCCUAUAGAGCCAAAUUAAGCCACAUUGCAACAUAAGCAACAUUAGAUUCAGGGUAGCAGCUACAAGCAGCAUUUUCAAGUUGCAGUUUUAUUUGAUGUAACAAAAGGUUAGCUAUAACAUGAAAACUGUCUAACCUUCUUCAAUGCAAAGCUCAAAAUUUAGAAGCAAUCUGUUACACAAAAAGAAUCACCAAUAACACUGAGAAUUUAUUUCACACAAUCUUCUCUCCUUGCGCACUAAACUAGGCAGUUAACUCUUAAAUGGCAUCUGCUGAAAUAGCAAAAAAUACAGCACAUUGUUUAAAUCUGCCUAUAUUGUUACUUCAGUUAAUUUUAUUUCCAAAUAAAUGUUAUUUAUGUAUAGAACAAACUUCCUGAACAUGUUUUAAAAUAUUAUUAUCUGAAGCAAUUUAUUCUUAUGUUAUUGAUUGCAGUAAAAACAGGAAAUUGUGAGCAAAGGAAUAAGAUUAUUUUUACUUAUCUAUUUUGUAACGUAAUAUUCCAUUACAAUGACAUUUUUAUUAGAAUGCAAUUCUGCCUCAUUUAUAUUUAGGAAUUAUUGAUGUUCAUAUUUCUUAAAGCAGUACACAAUUAAUUAUAUACAUCAAAUACUUUCAGAAAAGUGAAUUUUUGGUAAAGCAUGAAAUAAUACAUUAUUAUUAAUUAAUACAAAGUUUAUGGAAAUAAGUGUAUAUAUAUAUAAAUAUUGUGCCCGUAAAAGAUUCUGCUUCAACAAUAGUUAAACACAAUUUAAAUCCUUGCAAAUAAUUUUUAAAACUUAAUUUUUUUUAAUUACAAAAAAGAGAUAAAAUUAGAAUAAUAAUAUAAUAUUCUGUAUAUAAUAAUUUAUAUAUAAGCUUUCUGAAAAAAUGAUGUAUCACAAUUCACAUAUAGAUUACACUUUCAGUGCUAUAUAACUGUUUAAUGAAAUAUUUUAAAACAGCUGAAAUCAAGUUUUCUUGCAUAGGAGCUAACACUCCCAGUUUAAGGGUUAAAAAGUUGCCCUACAUAUAAAUUUAUCUUCAUAGUGUCCCAUAGCAUAUUAUUUUUGCCCAGAAAUAAUUCCCUCUCUAAGCUCUAGUUUUUACUAAGGUUAUCCUCAUCUAAACCCGCUCAAGCGUAAUUGUGUCUUUCAUUCGCAUUGCCAUUUUUUAUUGUCUACAACGCAUUUUUAUACCCUAUUGUACGUAUUACUGUCCUUCGCAUUUAUUUUCUGAUUUGCUCAAAGUUUGUGUCAGACUGAUUAGAAGAUCUUGAUCACUGAAUGCGAUCUCAAUUCUGUAGGAAGUCAUCACUAAGCUUUUUCCUUUUGGUUCUAGCUGUUAGAUUCCUUAAAGUAGUUGAUAAUUUCAUCAAUUUGCUAAAUCAAUAACUUCAGUCUUAGGUUGAUUUAUACCUUUUCAGUUUGCACGAAACACAUGAAAAAUAUUUAUUCACAAUUUAUCAUAGUUGGAGAAAAAAUUAAAAUUAUUUCUUAACUGACAAAUUUGAUUCAAAUUUCUACUUAUGAAAAGGCAUUCAGUGAUCGACUUAACUUUUUAUAGUUUUAUGAAAUUGAUCUCUUAAUUAACUCUAACCUUAACAUUGUUAUUUUGUACGUUCAUGUUCGAGCAAUACUCAGAAGUUGUAUUUUCAGCUAUUUACAUACUCUUACUAUGUUAUACAGGCAAUGAGUUUCAUCAUUCCAAUUUACGUUACUUAUGAUAUUUUACCAUGAACAUGAGCAUAAUUUAGUCAAUUUAUAAGACUCAGUUAAUCUGAUGGAGGAUUAUAUUGUAUUAUUAUUUUUGUUGUUAGUACAGAUUUCAAGCAUUUCGUGUUAUUUGCAUGUUAAUUUUUGUUGUAUUCAUUAUGAAUUUGUAAUUAAGAUUGCAGAUUAUACAUGUUUUUAUGA